AUGGAUCCUCUGCUGCACGCCAGCCAGCAGGCCCUCCCCGGCCCGGCCGACGACGGCGCCGGCAUCCCGUCGCCGCAGUUUGCGCUCCUCAACUACUUCCUGCCCGGGUACUCGGUGCUCCUCUCCACGCUGCACACCAGCCUCGGCGUCGAUGCGAACCGGUACCUGCCCUUUAUCCUCGCCGCCGUCGCCGUCGUCCUGUGCUGGCGCCACGUCUGCGACACCGUCGUCGGCCUGGUCGAGUCGGCCUUUAUGUCCUCCUUCACCGUGCACACCGACGACGAGACGUACAACAUCCUCAUGUGGUGGAUGACCCGCCAGCCCUUCUGCCACCGCACCCGCAACUUCGUCGUCAACACGUCCGUCUACUCGCGCAGCGAUUACCUGUACCGCGCCCACGACGAUAGCAGCGACGGGGACGCCGACGACGGGGACGACGGCGGUGCGGCCGCCCACGCGCCCGGCGGCGAGGACCCCGCGCUCACCUCGAACCGCGGCAAGCACGUCCUCCACUACACGCCCUCGGCCGGCACCCACUGGUUCUUCUACCAGGGCGUCCCCCUGCGCUUCUCCCGCCGCCAGACCAAGGACAAGAUUAGCCUGCGCAACCCCAGCGAGCAGGAGGAGCUCUGCGUCUCGUGCCUCGGCCGCAACCCGGCCAUCCUGAAGCGCCUUCUUGCCGACGCCCGCCUGCUCUACCUCAAAAAGGACGAUCGCAAGACCAUCAUCUACCGCGCCACCAGCUCCGUCUCCAGCUACGGCACCGACAGCUACUGGCAGCGCUGCAUGUCCCGCCCCAACCGCGACUUCUCCACCGUCAUCCUCCCCGACAAGAUCAAGAAGGACAUCAUUGCCGAUGCCGGCGACUACCUCGAGCCGUCCACCCGUCGCUGGUACUCCAACCGCGGUAUCCCGUACCGACGAGGUUAUCUACUCUGGGGUCCACCCGGCACGGGCAAGAGCUCCCUCAGCGUGGCUCUCGCCGGCUACUUUCGCAUGAAGAUUUACAUUGUCAGCCUGAGCUCUCUAACGGCUACGGAAGAGAAUCUUGCGUCUCUCUUUGCAGAACUCCCUACCAACUGCAUUGUUCUCCUGGAAGACAUCGACACUGCCGGUCUGUCCAAGACGCGCGAGAAGAAGAAGGACGACGACGACAAGGACGGCAGCGACAGCACGCCUUCUCAGGGUCAACUCUCCCUCUCCGCCCUGCUCAACAUCCUCGAUGGUGUUGCGGCUCAAGAGGGGCGCGUCCUCAUCAUGACCACCAACCACCUCGAGAGCCUCGACAAGGCCCUCAUCCGCCCCGGUCGCGUAGACAUGAUUAUCCCCUUCCAGCUUGCCGACGCCGACAUGAGCGAGUCCAUCUUCAAGGCCAUUUACACGCCCUUUGACGGCGAGCCUGCGGAGGGCGCCCUGACCAAGACCAAGGCCAAGGAGACGCUCAUUGACGAGGUGGCCGUGCUCGCCAAGGAGUUUGGCCGCCGCAUCCCCGCGGGCGAGUUCAGCCCCGCCGAGAUUCAGGGCCUGCUCCUGCGCCACAAGCGCUCCUCGCAGGCGGCCGUCGACGCCGUCGAGGCGUGGGUGGUGCAGAUGCGCAUGGACAAGAAGGACAAGGAAGAGCGGGAGCUAAAGGAAAAGGAAGAAAAGGAGAAAAAGGAAAAGGAGGAGAAGGCGAAGGAGAAGGAGAAGGAGAAGAGCAAGAAAAGUAAGAAGAGCAAGAAGACGGAAAAGAAGAAGUCCAAGAAGUCCAAGAAGGACGAAACAGAAGACGAACAAGAGGACGGCGACGAAACUGGGGAUGAGAGUGAGAACGAGGGUCAGAGCGAGGAUGGGAAGGACAAGGAUGCUGAGAAAAACAACGGGGAGGGUAAUGAGGAUCAGGAAGAGGAAAAGGACAACGAGAACGACAAGGACAAGAAGAAGAAUAAAAAGAAGCAAAAGCAAGAGCUGGUCGCAGCAGAGGCCAAAACAGAUAAAGCUCAACAAGGUAAGCAAAAGAGUGGUGGCUCUUCUGAUUCGGGGUAUGCCACCCCUUAG